AUGAAAACCCUUUCAGGAAGAUCUGAUGUUCCCGCGAUGAGCAUCAAAACAAGGGAUGAUAGGCGAUUCUCAACAAGUUCAAGGCGUUCAUCAAUGGAGAUGGCAAUACAUCAUUCUUCUGUAGAAGUGUACUAUGGUCGUGCACCCGUUGGAGUCCCAUUUAAAUGGGAAUCCCAACCAGGUACUCCUAGAGUGCGGUUUCGUGAAACCCCACUUCCUCCACUCACACCACCACCAUCUUUUCUGUUCAAUUCUCCCAACACACCGAACAAAAAGAACCAAAAACCUAAAGGUGGUAUUCUAUAUGCUGUCCUCCCUAGGCUCAUGACGCCUACUAGAAAACCCUAUAAUUCUCCUGCUUCACCAGCUUCAUCGGAAUCAUCUUCUUUGUUCUCUACUUUGUCGUAUUCAGAUUCUGCAUCAUCUCCUUACACCCUGAACAGGGAGAGCCGCAGAAAAUCAUUUGAGGAUCAAGAUAGAUCCAAAUCACCUGUUUCAACUCUUUGUUUCCGCAUCAGGUGUGGUGCAAAGUAG